CGCUCGGCGGGGACAAAGCGCGGCGCCGAGCGGGGGCCAUGUCGUCCGCAGGCGGCCGCCAGCCCAGCCAGAGCCGGGCCAUCCCCACCCGCACCGUCACGCUCAGCGACGCCGCGCAGCUCCCCGCCGACUACUGCACCACCCCCGGCGGGACGCUCUUCUCCACCACGCCCGGAGGCACCCGGAUCAUCUACGACCGCAAGUUCCUGCUGGACCGUCGCAACUCCCCCAUGGCCAAGACCCCGCCUUGUCACCUCCCCAAUAUCCCAGGCGUCACCAGCCCCGGCGAGCCCGGCGAGGAGCCCAAAGCGGACACCAACAACUUGAACCACCAGGAGGGCAAGCCAUCCAUGGGGGACGAAGCUCAGUUCGAGAUGGAUAUCUGAGCGGGAACCACAGAGAGGCAGCGACUCCCCAGCCCUGUGCACCCCCAUUCGGCUUAGCAGGAUCCGUCCCGGCGAGGUGGAGGUGGCAGUGGUCCCCACCAGCGUCCCCUCCCCGCCCUCCUCUUCCCCCUCUUUUUUGGGGGGAGUGCGGCUCUGUCUUCUCCCCCUCUGCGGGUGAGCGGUCCCAGCAUGUGCCAGACGGAGCAUCCCUGUUCCUCCUCUUCCACCUGCCAGCAGCCUGAUCUCCACCAGGCUUCUUUCUAAAACAUCCCUUUGCCUCUUCUGCUGCCUCGUGCCCCCACAAAAUUCCCCUCUCUUGUUACCCAAGCCUCCCAUGGCCAGCAGCUUGGUGUUCUGGAGCUGUGUCACCCCCUGUGCCCCCUUCUUCUGGAAAAUCUGGGCAGCCUGUCAGGAGGAGGGGGAAACAUCACUCCUAAAAUCAUGCACCUGCUUGCACCCUGGGGAGGGCAUUUUUUGAGUUUCCCUGGGGUGUGUUGGCAUUCAGCAAAGGACAGCACUGGGACCCUGUUCCCUUCGGUGCUCCAGGGGUCCAGUGUCCCUGAUGGAAUCAGCCAGCGUGUCCACAUCUCUCCUACGUGGAUUUCUUCCAUCUUGGCCCUCCAGCCAGGGGCUGUGUCCCCCACCCACCAGCCAGGACUCACAGCAAUGUAGCCAUGUUUUAUAAAACCCCCUUGCUUUUAUUUUUGGUACUAAAAAGGAGCACCUCACCCCCAACGACUUUGUAUGGGCUGGGGCCGAGUGCCUCUGGGAAAGUGCUUUGUAGUGCUCGGAUUUUUUACCCCCCAGCCCUUUAAAAUGUGAAUCCUACAGGGGGGAGAUCCCUCUGGCACCGUUGGAUGUCUCAGGAAUCGCUGGGUGUCCCUGGGGGCUGUGGGGGCUCACCAGGCACUGCAGGGAUGGGGCGCUCUCCCCCCUCGCAGGGCGCUGCCAUCGAUGCCACCCUCAGCUCUCAGGAUGGCAUUUCUCCCAGCUGGAUCAUGCUGUCGUGGAUGAAGCAUUUCCACAUCGACCUCCCCUUUGCCAGCCUGGCAUGGCAUGGCCAUCUCGAACCUCCCCUGGAGAUGGGGUUUCUUUUUGCCCCUCUCUCCAUGUGACUCUUGCCCUGACCAGCGGCGCUGGGCACGGCUGCGUCCCCCAGUCCCACCAGCCCCCCCAGUUCUGAUUUUUUACUGUUGGGAUUUUUUACUGUUGGGAGCCAUCACCAGCUCUGCAAGCUUCUCAAGUGCCAUUUUAUCAGCCCCCACCUGAGUGCCUGCUCCAUCCAUGGUCCCUCCCUCGCUGGGGUCUCCCCACACCUCGUUACCCAUGCUGGGGAGCGGGACACCCCACAGGCUUUGUGCACUUUCCAUCCCGUAAUUUAUUUCUCUAGGUGUGUUUGGCACGGCGCUGAUGGCCAGCUCCCAUCUUCCAGCUGCUUUUCUCACAGGGAGCGGGGGCUGCCCCUCGUUUUGGGGGUGGGGGAGGCAGAAGCAAAAGCACAGCCCCAGGGGAUGGGGUUGUCUUUGCCAUCCUUGCCCUGGCGUGGGAGGUGAGGUGAGCGCGGCAGCCGUGGGCGCACGAGUGAGUGAGUGCGAGUGGCAGCGCGUGUGGGUGGGUGGGUGGUGAUGAGACACACACAAAUAUAUAUAUUAUAUAGAAAUAAAUAUAUUUUCCUUGAAGCCAAGAUCCUAGGAGGUCGGUUAGGCCCUCGGAUCGAGGGAGGGGCAGGGCAGGGGGCGAGGACAUCCUUGGCAGAGGAUGCAGGUAGCUGGCACCCUCGAGCACAGCUGCUCCUUUUGGGAAAAACCUGCUCUGCUAGCCAAAGGCAAUCAGACCAUAUCCAAGGACAAUGUGACUUAAUGGACAGGAGCCGGAGGGAAACCUUUUUUGUCUUUUUUUUUUUUUUUCUCUAAAUGUCCCCUUUCCCAACCUCCCUGUAUCUCCGUUCCCCAUCCCAGCAACUUUUCUGCGCAAAGGUUCUCUUUUGUAAGCGGGCUGGGGGCUGAGCAGGGAGGAGUGCCUGGCCUCACCGGGGUGUUCCUCUGCUAGUCAGAGUCCCUCUGCUAGUCAGGGGCUCCGUUUGGGAUUUCUGUUGUUUUGUACCGUCUCUUCAAGCAGGUGUUUGGGAGGAGAAAAGCUCUCGCCAGUGGUUGCUGUUACAGUGAGAUCAAUAAAGAUUUUGGUUCUAC